AUGGGCAUUUUGAGGCGGACAUUCCGCGCGGGCCGGGGCGGUACUCCUGCACUCGCCCGCAGGCCACGCGGUCCUGGGACCCUGCUCAGUCCGCUGGGGAGGCUCCGCUCCGAAACCCCGCCCCAUGACGCGAGGCCCCGCCUCCGCAGCGCCCGCUUCCAAGAUGGCCGCAACGAUGCCUGCCCGGCUGUCGGGGUGGCGGUGACGACGGGAGCAGAAGACCAGGUAUGUAGGCUGGGAACGGCGGAGAGAGAGGCCCGGGAGAAAGGUUCGGGCGGUCGGGAGGUUUUACUUGUGGGCUCCCAGCUGGCUGUCAUGAUGUACCUGUCACUGGGAGGCUUCCGAAGCCUCAGUGCUCUAUUUGGCCGAGAUCAGGGGCCAACAUUUGACUAUUCUCACCCCCGUGAUGUCUACAGUAACCUCAGUCACCUACCUGGGGCCCCUGUUGCCCCAGGGGGUCCUCCAGCUCCUCAAGGUCUGCCCUACUGUCCAGAACGGUCUCCUCUCUUAGUGGGUCCUGUGUCAGUGUCCUUUAACCCAGUGCCAUCGCUGGCAGAGAUUGUGGAGCGCAAUCCCCGGGUGAAACCAGGGGGCCGGUACCGCCCCGCAGGGUGUGAGCCCCGCUCCCGAACAGCCAUCAUUGUGCCCCAUCGUGCCCGGGAGCAUCACCUGCGCCUUCUGCUGUACCACCUGCACCCCUUCCUGCAGCGCCAGCAGCUUGCUUAUGGCAUCUAUGUCAUCCACCAGGCUGGAAAUGGAACAUUUAACAGAGCAAAGCUGCUGAAUGUUGGGGUGCGGGAGGCCCUGCGUGAUGAAGAAUGGGACUGCCUGUUCUUGCAUGAUGUGGACCUCCUGCCAGAAAAUGACCACAAUCUGUACGUGUGUGACUCCCGGGGACCCCGCCAUGUUGCUGUUGCCAUGAACAAGUUUGGAUACAGCCUCCCGUACCCCCAGUACUUCGGAGGGGUCUCAGCGCUCACUCCUGACCAGUACCUGAAGAUGAAUGGCUUUCCCAAUGAAUACUGGGGCUGGGGUGGUGAGGAUGACGACAUUGCUACCAGGGUGCGCCUGGCUGGGAUGAAGAUCUCUCGGCCCCCCACAUCUGUGGGACACUAUAAGAUGGUGAAGCACCGAGGAGAUAAGGGCAACGAGGAAAAUCCCCACAGAUUUGACCUCCUGGUUCGUACCCAGAAUUCCUGGACACAAGAUGGGAUGAACUCACUGACAUACCGAUUAUUGGCCCGAGAGCUGGGUCCUCUCUAUACCAACGUCACAGCAGACAUUGGGACUGACCCUCGGGGUCCCCGGGCUCCCUCUGGUCCCCGUUACCCACCUGGUUCCUCCCAGGCCUUCCGUCAAGAGAUGCUGCAGCGCCGGCCUCCAGCCAGGCCUGGCCCUCUGCCUACUGCCAACCUCACAGCCCCCCAUGGUUCACACUGACUCCUUCUUCCUGCCCACCUUAAUCAUGAAACUGAAUCAAAGGGGUUGUAUUCUCCCCACCCUCAGCUCCUCACUGUUCUUAGAGGGAUAUGGGAGAACUGAACUCUAGUGCUAUGUUGGGGGGGGGAGGGGCCUUGCCUCACUGCUGGACUGGAGCUGGGCUCCUUUAGACUUGGAGGGUCCCUCUUUCUAGGGUCACCUGCCAGGGCUUUGACUGUGAAUCCUUGAUGUCAUUUUAUGUGACGACUGCUGGGAGUCCCCUGUCCCUGGAGUAGGAGCAGGGCUGGACCCCAAAGCCACUUCCUCUCCUAUGCAGAGAAGAGUGAUCUGGCUUCUCCUGGGACCUCUGUGAAUAUUUAUUCUAUUUAUGGUUCCUGGGCAGUUGUUUGGUGAAGGAAACCCCUCCCUGGGCACUUUCUGCGAGUGCUGGAGUAGCUCCCUCUUCUGGUCCUGGCUCAGGGGGCUGGGAUUUUGAUAUAUUUUCUAAUAAAGGACUUUGUCUUGCCUCUG